AUGGCGGCAAACGUUUCGGUUCUACAUGACCUUCCGCCUCUUCCGACCUACACCCUUACGCCCCGACCUCCCGUCUGGGCCCCUAUCCCCGAUAAUAUCUUGUCGCUGAUCCUACCAAUAAUUGCCUACUGGGCGUUGUCUAUGAUCUAUCAUUUCAUUGAUAUAAAUGAUAUCUUUCCACAAUACCGGUUGCACACCCCGGCCGAAGUUUUAAAACGCAACCAUGUAUCUCGUUGGGAAGUGGUGAGGGAUGUCCUUUUACAGCAAGUCAUUCAGACCAUCGCCGGCUUUGCGGUAUCAUACCUUGAUUCCCCAGAAUAUAUUGGAAAGGAAGAAUAUGAAGUUGCAGUAUGGGCCCGCCGGAUUCGAGUGUUACAGCGCGCCCUUCCUCGUCUAAUGGCUUUAUUUGGGAUCGAUACUUUGGGAUUAGGGAGAAAUAUGUCCGAGAACGGCUACACAAUACUUGCAGGAAUUCUAGCCGGUGGCCGAUAUCCGGGACUCACUCAAUCUGUUGUCCUGGAGAAUGGGUCAGAGAGCGUGGUCCCUGCAUUUGCUGGCUGGGAGUUGGCAACUGCGAACUUCAUCUAUUGGUACUUCAUUCCAGCUCUGCAGUUUAUCUGGGGUUUAUGCGUUGUUGAUACCUGGCAAUACUUCCUUCAUCGGGCAAUGCAUUUGAACCGCUGGUUAUAUGUCACGUUCCAUUCGCGCCACCAUCGCCUCUACGUCCCAUAUGCGUUCGGUGCUCUCUACAACCAUCCAGUGGAAGGAUUCCUUCUCGACACGGCUGGUACUGGUGUUGCGUUCUUGACUGCGCAAAUGACCAACCGCCAAGCUAUGUGGUUUUUCACCUUCUCUACUGUCAAAACUGUUGAUGACCACUGUGGAUACGCGUUUCCUUGGGAUCCGUUGCAAAAGCUCACAUCCAACAAUGCGGCCUACCAUGAUAUCCAUCAUCAAAGUUGGGGCAUUAAGACAAACUUCUCUCAGCCGUUUUUCAUCAUCUGGGAUCGUCUACUUGGAACUCAAUGGAAAGGAGAUGUAAAACUCCGUUACGAGCGAUCACGGGAGUCUGCCCAGAAAAUGUUGGAUGAUGAAGCGGCUUUCGCUACUGGCACGACGGAAGAAACUGCGGCCUCCAUUAUUUCUCCGGAUGAGUCUGCAGACUCCAAUACCCGGACUCGUAUUCGAAGAAAGACUGUGACUCUCUCCCCACGAGUCGACAGCCUGAAAGGCUCCAAGCAUGGUGUUGCUAGUAGCGUUCUGUAA